ACUAGUAUUACGUUGUACACGAUGGAGUUACUGAGUGAGAAAGAAAUUAAUCAUAUAAUACAACAACUUGGCUAUACAAAAGCUUUACAAUGGUCAGUAAAUAACUUCACGGAUCAUUUAAUAGGCUACUUGGGUGAACACCUUACAUUGACUGUAGAGGUUGAAUCAGGAGCAACGAAAAUAGUGCUUAAGUUCUUCAUUAAAUGUAUCCCGAGAUUUGAUGUUUAUCUAGCUGAAUAUUUGAAGGAAACCUCAUUUUUCAACAAAGAAUAUGUUAUGUUGAGCUCAUUAUUCAAACAUUAUAAUAAAGGUUCGCAAAAAUGGCGGCCAUCUGUUUUGCUCGUCAAGGAAGAUCUCUUCGUAUUUGAAGACGUCACUCAGCUUGGUUACAAAAUGCCUCACAAUCGCGAUACAUUUACAUUAGAACAAGUCAUAGCCUUUGUUGAAACUAUUGCCAUAUUUCACGCACAAUCCUACGUAUACGAAGAGAAGAAAAGUAAGGAACUGAGAAGACCCUAUAGAAUUUGGGAAGACUAUUGUGAUUAUCUUCAAGAACCAGCAAAAGGGAAGUGUUGGCGAAACGCUGGUAGAGACGCUGUGAUCGAAUUUUUGAAGGUAUAUUCUAAGUAUAAAGAAUAUCCAAACUUUCUCCAAAACAUUGAAGAGGCAAUAACAAAAGUGUUUGAAAAGGCAUCCUUUCUUAUGCGCCCUCAUCCUGUCUACAGGAAUGUCGUUGUCCACCGAGACUUGUGGACUAACAACAUUCUCUUCAAAAACACAGAUCAUGGCAAAUGUCACGCGCUAAUUGUAGACUUCCAAACGGUGUUGUAUGCCCCACCAAUGAUCGACCUGUCUUCAUUCAUAUACUUUACUACUACGAGGAAUUUUCGGGAAAAAUACCUGACGGACAUCAUAGACCUGUAUUACAGUACUUUGUCUAAAGAAUUGAAAAAAUUAUCUAUAGAUGUUGAUAAAAUAAUGGAUCGCGACUCAUUAGAGAAGUGUUAUGAGGAAAAUGUUGCUUUUGGAAUAACACAAGCUGCAAUAAUCGUGCCUAUAACAGUCAUGGACUCAAGAAUGAGAGAGAAAAUCUUCAGUGAUCCUGAAACGGCGUAUCGCGUCAACGAGGUGUCGCGAAGUUCUGAGAUUCUUGAAAUGGCGAAAACUGAUGAAGUUUACCUCACACGCGUGUCUGAAUUAUUAGAUGAGAUAGUUGAACGAUACAUGUUUGAUACUAAAACAAACUGUAAUUAUAUUUCUAGUGUGAAUAAUGCCUGAUAACACGUGUAAAUAUAGUAAAUAGUUACUAGCUUAUGAGAUAGCACAAUACUACUCAGGUAACUUAAAAAUAACUCAUUCAUUCCCGUUUCUUAUAACUUAUAACUCCACACCACAGAUAAACUGUCAUCUUAACCAAUUAGCCAUUAUUCUAAUUCAGUGGUUCAAAUUAUGUUCCUUGGCGUACCCUUAGAAUCACGUAAGCCCAGUUCUGUCGAGAUAAUAGUGAGCAAAUAAGUGAAGGCACAUAGUGACAUAUUACGCUUAUCUCUGUAACAUCAGUUUACUUAAAUACAUUGACUAAAAACUCUUUUGUUCUUAUUUAUAUCAUUGUAAUUUGCACCUACCACAUAGGGAGCAUUGUUUGUUUAGUAUCGUUUGAUAUAAUUAUUACUUUUAUUUGCAGUCGGCAGUGAAGUUAUGAUAAGGUAAUGUCUAUUUACUCAUUUUAUAACGGGAGAUGUAUGUGCUUAACGUUACUGAUAUUUAUUUAUGAUUAUAAUUAUAGAUAAAGUAGUGAGAAUAAAAAAGUCAUUAGUUCAUUGUUCUCUU